GCGCCUGUGGUGUGUUUGGUAAAGGAAAUCUUUCAAAUAUUAAAUAACCCCCUUUUUUUUUCUUUUUCCUAUCAGCAAUGAAGUUACCUGGAAGCUUCUCAUAUUGAUUCGUGCUCUUUCUCUAAUUUCUUUUCAUUUUUAAUUGAUUUUCCUUGCGUGCUUACCUUUUAUGAGUCAUUCAUUUCAGUAUUUCACUAGUUUUGUUAGCUUUUCUUUCAAUAAUUGCUGCAAUAGACAAAAUGAAUGAGGAGAUGCGGGAUUUGCGUUUGGAUCUAUUGUGAAGCUAUGCGAAGCACCGGCCAAUUAACACAAGAAGAAGAGUACCCUGUACAGGUUAGGUGUCAAUCUUAGAUGGGCCUCAAAAGUUCUAAUAGCACAAGUGAGGUAUAUUAGGAUGCGUUGCAGCUUAAAAUGAAUUACUUGCUGGAAGAGAAUGCAAGACUCAAGAGCUAGCAACAUCAGACAUGCAUCUACGUUUAUAUACAUACAUACAUACAUUAUAUUACUCAUUUAGAUCAGAUUUUCAUUCUUCGCAUUUUAAUUACAAGUGAUUUUGUUUGUUUAUGUUUGCUUUUAUGGUGAUACUGCGAUCUCUUUUGGUGGAUACAUGAUCUAGUAAAUGUUUAGUAAAAGCUUAUAGUAGCAAUUGUAAAUUGUAAUUAUGCAUCUUGUGCUUAUUUUGAUUGCAUAAGAAUUAGAAACAAGCGUGAAGAAUUUUUUGUCAUUUGUCAAAGAAAUUAGGAUUGUGUGUAGUUUAGAUCAGAUUUUCAUUCUUCGCAUUUUAAUCAAAUUAAGUCUUUACUUCUAUUUUUUAAACAGUGUUCUUUAAAAAAAUUUAGUCUACUUUUUUUUAAACAGUGUUUAUGUAUAUUUAUAUAUGUAUUCUUUUUAAACUGUGGGUUUAUGUUCUUAUUAAACUUCAUGCCUUAUUUAUGACAAUGAACGAUGCAAAAAGCAGAGUUGAAAUAAAUAAUUUUUUUUCUUUUUCAGUGAAAAUAAAAAAGACGUAUUUUCAAAAAGUAAUUAUGUUAUUUGAUUAGUAGCUAAGAUUGUGCAUAUACUUCAGUAAUAUGAGAUUGGCGGAAACUUGCACAGAAGGUGUUUGUGAAAUUGACGAGAUUGCGACACGGAAGGAGAGAAAGUAUGAAAGUGUAUGCCUAUUGUGGUUCAAAUGCUAUAUGCAUUGUGGAUAGUAAUGUUGCAAUAUGCAAGUGUCUGAAAGGGUAUAUUCCCAAUCCCAAGUUUCCUAGACCACAAAAUAUGUCAUGUUGGUCCAAUGGUUGUGAGAGAAAGGUUGCACUGGGUUGCAAUAACACCAAUGGCUUCUUGAGGUACACAGGCAUAAAAUUGCCAGACACAUCUUCGUCAUGGUAUAGUGAGACAAUGAACCUCCAGGAAUGUCAAAAGUUUUGCCUGAAAAAUUGUUCUUGUUCAGCAUAUUCAAGUUUGGAUAUUCGAAAUGGAGGAAGUGGUUGUCUAAUUUGGUUUCAUAAUCUUACUGACAUUAUACAAUUCUCACAAGGGGGUCAAGACCUUUACCUAAAAGUCCCUUCUUCAGAAUUGACUUGAAAUGCCAUGCUUAAGAAGAGAGAGAAUACUGUACUUGAAACAAGAUCUUCUGCUGCUAAUGGCCAUGGAAACAUCAAGCAAAAGAAGGUAGGAAUUGCAGUUGGUGUGAUUAUUUUCGGAUUAAUCACAUGUGUCAGCAUAAUGAUUAUACAUCCAGGGACAAGAAAAAUAAUUUACAGAGAAAAACAGAUGCAAGAAGAUAUUGAUCUACCAGCAUUCAAUUUCUCAGUCUUAGCUAAAGCUACCGAAAAAUUUUCAAGCAGUAACAAACUUGGAGAAGGUGGUUUUGGAGAAGUAUACAAGGGUACAUUGACUGAUGGGAAAGAGUUAGCCAUAAAAAGACUUCCAAAAAAGUCUGGCCAACGGUUGGAAGAGUUCAAAACUGAAGUAGCGUUAAUAGCCAAACUUCAGCAUCGUAAUCUUGUGAAGCUUCUUGGUUUUUGCAUUCAAGGAGUAGAAAAAAUAUUGGUCUAUGAAUACAUGCCAAACAAAAGCCUGGACUACUUCAUUUCUGAUGAAAUUAAAAGGAAGUUGCUAGAUUGGCCUAAACGAGUUGUGGGAAAGGGAGUGUGGGAAAAACAAGUUGUGCCACCUCCCUUGCAGUUUUCCAUAUUGGUGUUUUACUAACGGUUUGUUUCAUUCUUCAUGUCCCCUUAUUUCAAGUUUGUAUCUUAAUUGCUUAGUUGCUUUGUAUGUGAUUCUAAAGAGAAAUGAGCUGCGACUAUCAAAAUAUAUGAAGAAUGAAAAACUAAUCAGAUAAAAGAGUAUAAAUGAUAAAUAUGUCUUGUGUGUUUAUCAAGUGGAUCAUCUCAUUAACAAAAGAGUAACAAAAGAGAACACAUCAAAAUAUUUGUAG